CUCGGCUUGCCCCCCACCUCCCGUCCUGGCACUCAGGGGGGUGGGGGUUUGGAGGACUACAACGCCCAGAAUCCACGGCCCUUUGGAGGAAGGUUUGGGGAGUUGCACUGGGGUGCGUCGUCUCUGGAAGGGGCUGCAGCUCCCCAAGGAGGGGGAUGACCGGAUGCAUUGAGUGUUUUGCAAAAAAAAGAAAAAGAAAAAAAGACUAAAGUGCUUGGAUAACCCCAGGAUGGGAGACCACGAGGAAAUCCUGCAAAAGAGAAAGCAUGGCAGCUUGUUCCAGCUUGAGGAGCGUGUUCGAAUACGAAACCAACAAAGUGGUGCGAAUCUACAGCGUUUGGUACGGGAGCCUCAAGUGGAUUAUCCAUUUCAUGGUUUUCCUGUAUGUUAGCAUCGUCCUGUUUGCCGAUCGACGCUAUCAGAAGAAAGAUUCGGUCAUCAGCUCGGUGCAUGUGAAGGUGAAGGGGGUGUCCCAGACUGGCAAAAGGGUUUGGGAUACAGCUGAAUACAGCAUCCCUGGAAAACAGGGUGUGAAUUCCUUUUUUGUUCUGACUAAUAUCAUCACGACCGAAAAUCAGGUUCAAGGACUUUGCCCCGAGUUUCCUCUUGCCAAAGCGGUGUGUACUACCGACAAAAGCUGCAUGAAAGGCCGGGUGGAUCCGCAGGGUAACGGCAUCCAGACGGGCAAGUGUGUGAAAUAUAACAGCACCGUCAACACGUGUGAAGUCUCCGCUUGGUGUCCUGUGGAGUCAGCCAAAACCCCCCCAACGCCAGCCAUCCUGGACAGUGCUGAGAAUUUCACCGUGCUUAUAAAAAACAACAUCCACUUUCCAAAAUUUGAUUAUACAACAAGAAAUAUCCCACCGGAAUUUAAUGUUUCCUGUAUAUACAGCAAGCACAAAGCCUCGCUUUGCCCCAUUUUUCGUCUGGGGGAUAUUCUUCAAGAGGCAGGAGAGAAGUUUUCAGAGGUGGCCGUUCAGGGGGGCAUCAUUGGCAUUGAAAUUAACUGGGAUUGCGACCUAGACAAAUGGGCGCACCGUUGCAGGCCCAACUACGGUUUCCGGCGCCUGGAUGACAAACGAACCAAUGAAGCCUUGUACCCUGGCUACAACUUCAGAUUUGCCAGGUAUUACAAGCAGCCGGGUGGAAGAGAGGAAAGGACCCUGAUCAAAGCUUAUGGCAUCCGUUUCGACAUCCUCAUCUUUGGGACGGCUGGGAGGUUUGACUGGUUUGAGAUGGUGGUGUACAUUGGAUCAGUGCUCUCCUACUUCGGCCUGGCUCAGGUAGCUGUGGAUUGUCUGCUCACUUCAUCUACGUGCUGCUGCUGCAAACCUGAUCCGGUGAAGGAGUAUUAUUACAACAAAAAGUGCCAGGAAGUGCUGGGACCAAGAUGUACUUUGUUUUACGUAACUUUUGUUGAUGAGCCUGGCAUUCUAAUGAUCGACCGAUUGUCAGAGACCAGUCUGCAGGCCAUCGAGGGCGGGAUUAUUGAGAAGUGCCAAGGGGAUUUUACGCAGUCUUCCCAACUUCCAUAUCGGGACCGGACCAUCUCCCUGCAAAACUCUGAAGAGCUGCAGCUCCUCCAGAACCGAAGGGAGGGUCCUUGCUUCCGGGAACGUCCUUCUUGGUGCUGCUGUGGACAGUGCCGGCCAGCAGACCCUUUUUGGGAACGGCUCUGCUGCCGAAAAACAGACGGGGCCUGCAUCGCCGAUUCAUCUUUGUUUGAGCAGCUGGUCCUGUCCCGAUCCAUGCUGGAGUUCGUUCUGCUCUACAAGGAUCCCUUAUUGGAUCUGAAGGGUGCCGGGGUCGACAACAAGAUCUUUCGGCACUGCGCUUACGAGCGGUAUAUUCACUGGCGCUUUGGCGAGGGCGACCUAAGUGCCCGGGCUGUGAUCCCCAAUUGUUGCAGAUGGAGAAUCAGAAAUACCUUUCCAAGCGAGAAUGGGGAAUACAGCGGUUUUGGGAAGAAGAAGUAACCGUUGGUUGCACCUCUCUUUGAUAUGGCCUUAAGGGUGGAUCCGUACAUGUGCCAAUUAAAUGUAUUUUUUGGAGUAUAAGACACACCCUUUCCCCCACCUAAAAGUGGGUGAAAAUUUAGGUACGUCGUAUAGACAGAAUAUGAGCAUUUUUGACCUCCCGAACCCUCCGUGCGUCAUGUUUUCACCCUUCCUGGCCCCCAGAAGCACUCUGCAGGCCAAAAAUGGGUGCGUUUUUGGCGAAAACGGGCCGUUUGGAGCACUGCAGAGUGCUUCUGGGGGCCUGGGAGGCCAAAAAAUGCAACAUGUGAAGGGCUUGGGAGCCUAAAAAUGGGCCCCUUUUUGGCAAAAACGGGCUGUGCAGAGCACUGCGGAAUGCUUCUGGGGGCCUGGGAGGGCGAAAACGUGACUCACAGAGGCCAAAAAACUAUUCUAUUCUUGUUUUCCUCCUGUAAGUUUAGGUGUGUCUUAUAGUCCGAAAAAUACAGUAAUCAGUUUUGCCUCUUGCUUUUCAGAAAUUGCCGUUUGUGGCUCUGCCAUCACCUUGGCUCUUUAACUAGAUGGUGUUUAGACUAUUGGUUAAGGUCAGAGGGGAACAGAGUUUCGAACCCAGCUUAGCCAUGAAAAUCACCGGAAGGCUUCGUGUCUCCUUUCCCCUGCUCAGCCUUGCCUACCUCACUGGGAUAUCAGGAGAGAGAGCCAGGAUUGGAAAAAUCAUGGCAAAGGGCUCAGAUUUCUCAAGUUUAAGCAGCCAAACUACGGAACAAGCCUGUUGUUUUCCCCCCAAAAACACAGCAGUGGUUUACCUGUGCAAAAGGACUCCUUUGCUAAUCCAGAUCGUUUUGGUCGGCUGAUCCCAACACAAAGCCGCUUUUGUUUAAAAACCUCCCUUUUUAAUUUUUUUUAAAAAGAGCCCUUUAUUUUGUUUUCAAGCCGCUUGCACUUUUCUUUUUCCUCUAUCUCAGCUGCCUUUUCUUACUUUCUUUUCCCGUAACUCAUUUCUCAGGAAAUGGAGAAAAAUACCUUUCUUUUUCAAGAUUGGUAUCUUCCCAUUUUAAAUAUCCUUCAAAGCCUGGAUAUUUUCCAUGCAAAAUGCCCCUAACCCUCACACACACACAGUUCAGCUUCAACAUCUCCAUUUAGAAGGGAGGGAGAUGACGAAAAGAACCGUGCAGAACUGUUCUUAGCACACAGAAUAUGGCUGGGAGAUGCUUUUCUGCUGUCUAGAAAUUUUAUGAAUUGCAGGGAUGCCACAGGUGAUAAAUCUCCGGCUGGGAUAGCAUAAGACAACUUUUCCAUUCAAUUUCAUUGCUUAAUAAGACUUUGGUACCUGAAAGGUCUACACAAAGAGAGAUUUGGCCCCAGGUAUUUUUUCGCAAAUUGCUGUGCUGUGCUUUUUUUAAAAAAAUCAUUUGAUGGCCUGUUCCAAAGGAAAACCCUCUUCUAGUUCACAGGCACCUAGCAAGUUAUUUCAAGUGGGUUUUUUUUCUUUAUCAGAAGCAAUGAAGCAAACAACAUUUAAAUGACUUUUCUGCGCUCAUCCACUUAAUUGUUGCAAAAUGGAAUCUAUUUCUUAGCACACAAAAAAAUUGCAAUUAAUUUUCUUUUAAUCUCAUGUUGUGGUAAAGAUUAUAUACGGUUGCAGAGUUUGUACAUUUUUUAUACGAUAUGCUCAUGUGAAUUGUCUGUGCGUUGUACAGACGGAAAUUAAAUUUAUAAGAAUAAAA